AAGGAGGAAACAUAAGUACUACAUCCGUUUUCGUCUAAAAAUGUCAAAUUAGAAAAGUCUAAACUGAUAGCAGUAUUUUACGUCUUGUUUUCGAUGAAUGCAAUCAAAUCAUUGUUACAGAAUGUUGUGAAAGCUACACCGCAUUCUUAUGAAACUGUUCAAAGUUCACAAGAACUGUCCAUUGGCUUAGAAAAUAAGGACGACAAACCAGACGUUGCAUCUUCUAAUGAUACUGGGAAAACAAAAUGCUUACCGGUGUUACCAGUUAUCGACCAAGAAUGUAAACAACUUCAGGAAACCAUAUUUGAUCUCAUCCGAGGUAUUAUAGAUCCAGAGAAGCCACAGACUUUAGAAGAUUUAGAAGUGGUAAAUGAAGAAGAUGUAUGUGUUUACCGACAUGAAGAGGAAUUAUGGGUCAGACUUAUAUUUACUCCAACUGUGCCUCACUGCUCACUGGCAUCAUUGAUAGGUCUUUGUUUACGAAGCAAGUUGGAGACAUGUUUGCCUGAAAGACAUAAAGUGGAUAUUUAUAUUAAAGAAGGGACACACUCAACAGCUGAGGAAAUUAAUAAACAGAUUAAUGAUAAAGAGAGAAUAGCUGCUGCAAUGGAAAAUCCAAAUCUUCGUCAGUUGGUUGACAAAUGUAUUGCAGAUGAGUGAUAACAGGAGAUGAUGAUUUCAUUGAACUUUUUACUCAGGAAUUGUGCCAUCUUCAAAAGUUGUAGAUGUUGGGUAUUGUUAUUCUCCAAAGCAUUUCAUGAUAGAAGUUUUGAUAAUUUAAUUAUAUGUGAUUUUGUAUUUUGUGAUCUCAGAAUGGUUAAUGGCAAUGUCUUUUCUCAUCAUCAAGUCCCAGAUAGUGAUUAAUAUUUAUUCAGUCAAUUAGCCAGUGGUUUAUGAAACCUGGGUUAUGAAAAAGUCUUUAGAACGACUUUUACAGGGAGAUAAUAAUAUAGACGUGUCUUAUGUUUAUAAUUACAUGUUAAUAUGAUUUAGGGUGUUUUCUUUUAAUUUUUUAUUGAUCUUUUUAUAUUCAUAUAUAUUUGUUUGUUUGAUCCUUUUAAACUAUGUAUGAAAAUUUAUAUAUAUAAAAAAUUUUAAUUGUUAACAAAAAUUUCGUUCCUGUACAAUCCUAAUCCUGUAUUUGAAGAUAGCUGCUGCCACUAGUAAAUUUCUACUUUGUUGAUUGUUGUCAAAUGCAUAUAAAUUAGUUCUUAUGAUAUGUUGUAAUGCUUACAAUAAUUUUACCUUGUAGGUUUCUUAAAUCGACUAAUUUGAAGCAAAGGUCCUUCAGAGUAAUGAAUAUUUUUUUUUUAAUUGACCAAGGUGGCUGAAUGGUUGAAGUAGUUCAUCUACUGUAUCACUAGCCUGUCAACACUGAGGCUGUGAGUUCGAACCCCACAUGUGGCAGGUGCUUUCGACUCCGAUCUUAAGUGACUAUGAUUGCCAAUUUUCCUGCCAAAGGCUGAUAGUUCUCUCCAGGGCCUCUGUCUUCCUUCAUCAUUUAAAAUGAACCGUCAAUAUAUCUAAUAGUGCUGAAAGAGUAGUUUAACACCAACAAUCAAACAAUCAAUCUUCAUUUGCCCUUUUGAAAUACUUGAAAGCAUGCCUACAUUGCAUUCUAGCAAAUUGAAUGUGAUAUUUUCUGGUAUUUAAACAUUUUAGAACAUUUUGCAUUUAUUGCAGUAUGUGAGAGGUCUUCACUGUGCAUACUCCAAAAUCUUACUAAUGAUUUAUACCAGUAAUAUCUUAAUUUGAAGGUUUUGAUUUUAAUAUGUAUAUGUUGGCUUACAUUAUAAUUUCACUGUUAUGAAUAUUAUGGCUCAGGAAAAGAGUAGUAUUUGUGAAUGUUAGUCACAAAAAAGAUGUAUUCCAAAUAAAACAAAAUUAACAAAUUGUGUGAAAAACAGUUAAACAUGAGGUUAUUAUUCUCAAACUCAGCCAUUCCACACAUAGUUUGAAGUAAUUAUAUCAUAUUCACCGUUAGAAAUUUUGAACUUAGAAACUCAUGUUUCGUUGUGUUACAUUUUUGAACACUGGAAAAAAAUGCAAGAUUAACUAUUUUAAAUUGAAAAAAUGUUUCAUACAAAUAAGGCAAUCAAACUGUAAAAUGCGAUAUUUUAUUUUCUCUAAACUUAUGCCAUUGCAAUUUAUAUGAUGGUAAAAACAACACAAAAAUGUCUUUUUGCAAUAUUAAGUCUAAUUUCCAGUUUUAUUGGAAUUAUUUUUAUGAUAUGAUUUUUUAAAUAAAAGUUAUGAUGUUAUAUUAUUAUCUUUAAGUUAUUACACUAGCAAUAAGUUAUUAUUUUUUUUUUAAUUAAAGCAACAAAAAAACCAACAUGAAAAUGAAAAAUACAUGAAUAAAAAAAAACAGUCACCUUUAAAUACAGUUUUCAUAAUAAGAUUCCAGCUUUUGUCUGUUGACAAUUUCAUAUAUUUAUUAAAAAUUAACUAUUAGUUUCUGAAUUUUUUGUAUUACAUGGAAAUUCAUACAAGAAUGAUAUACACAAUAUAUAAAACAAAAACAAAAAUGAAAAUAAUGUAUUGUACAAAACAAAUGUAUUAUCAAAAGUUAAUUUAUAUGUAUAGGUAUACAAAAUUAAAGAAAGUGAUCUAUUAA